GGAUCUCUAAAUCCCCCUCCAAACAAGUUUUAUUCUCGCCCACCACCGAGCUUCACUUCAUCGAGCGAUCGCGAACGCAUGCAUAUACAUUUUAACGAUUACAUACUAUACAUUAUCUACUCCAAUAUAUAACCACAUUAUUAUUUGUUCUUCAGUUGUUUAUUUUUAAUAAACCUGUAAAUACGAGCCAAAUCGUUUUCAUUGAAGAGAACAAGACAUCCAGCAAAGAACAUUGGUGACCUCGACGUGAUGAACGUGAUCAACAUCAAACAGCAGGGAAGUGUCCAUUCCUGAUUUAUAUCUAUUCUCAUCAUAAAUCAUCCAUUAAUUCAUCCAUAGGCCUUAGACUCGAACGAAAGUUAGCUUAAUGUACUUUAAACUUUAACAAACUACCUCCAUCUUAAUAACUAAGAGUGAAAUACAUUAGUCAAAACUUGAUUAUUACACAUUAAUAAAGUCAAAUAUCAUUUCGUAAUCAAUACUUCAUUAAAUACAGCAAAUUAUUAUAAUAUUACAUUUUGUUAACGCUGAGAUUGCAGUACAACGAGUUGUUACAAAUACAUUUCGAAAUAAUUCUUUAAUAACAAGCGUAAAAUUUAACAUUUAAUUAUUCAUCAUACGCAUUCAUUUAAUCAUAACAUUUGUUUUGAAUAGUUCAAUUUCUGCAUUCCAGUAAACGCUUCGUGUCGCACUACGUGUGUCAUUUCAAAGCCGUUCGUUCCCGCAUCUGGCCGACUACAGUUUAUAAGACACUGCGCUGACCUUGACCCAUUGUUAAUUGAGGGCAUUGACCGGAUUGCAUAAUUUACGUAACAUUCUAUUUUAAUUUUAUUUAUUUUUCUCGUUUGCUUUCAAUUUUGUAUUGCUCAUUCCUUUGCCAUUAUGUCUCACACUGAGAGAUCUAUCUCGCCAAUCGGGAGUCUUAAACUAGAUGUCCCCAGUGCAAGCACAGUAAGCACAUUAAAAGAACUCAACGCUCGUCGUAGUUCCGUCAAGGGUCGCAUUACUAAAUAUAAAAAUUUAUUUAAUAAGAUCUCAGAAACGCAGCCGACCUUGCAGGUUGAUUUGUGUAUGCUUAAUCAAAGAUAUGAAAGUUUGAGAGAAAUGUUUUCCAAGUUUGAUGAAUUGCAGACGCAGAUAGAAAUAAUGAACACUGCUAAUCUAGAAGCUGAACUAGAUAUAAGAGAUGAUAUUGAGACAGAUUUUUCAUCACUUAUCGCAAAAACUCAAUUAUUUUUGGAGGCUAAUCAGACGCAACGCGAGGACUUUAGGCCCGCGAAUUCUGAGAUUUGUUCCAAUUGUUCAAACCCAAGUCAACAUAUAUCAGGCUUCAAAUUGCCUACUAUAAAAAUUGCGAACUUUGACGGCACUUACUUUAAAUGGCUAGAAUUUCGAGACACUUUUACUUCAUUGAUCCACAGCAACAACAGAAUUGAAUCAGUACAUAAAUUUCAUUACCUCAACUCUUAUCUUGAAGGAGAGGCUGCUCACGUCCUCAGCAAUCUCGAAGUUAGUUCUGCCAAUUAUGAUGAAGCCUGGCAACUUCUUUGCGAGAGAUACAACAACGAAAAGCAACUGAUAAGCAAUCAUUUAAACUCGCUCUGUAACCUUCAGCCCGUGUCUCGCGAUUCAUCUAAAGAUUUAAAAUUUUUAAUCGAUCACAUUUCGAAAAACUUACGGGCUCUCAACACCCUGGGCGAACCAACGGCGUCGUGGGAUACGCUAGUAAUACAUCUGGUCACUUCAAAACUCGAUAGUAGCACUAAUUUUAAGUGGGAGGAGCACAGGAGCAAUUUCAAGAGAUCACCUUCUCUUAAAGAUUUUUUUUUUUUCCUGAAAGCUCGAGCCGAUAUUUUGGAAUCAAUACAAUUGAAUAGGACAGAGCGUGCUUCAAUUAAUAAACGUCCGCUAAAUUCCUUCGAUUUGAGCAAAGGUCAACGGCCUCAAACAAGAUCAUUUGUGAUUUCAGCUGGCCAAUCCUCCUCCUCGUCGACUUCCAUAUGCGUCCUGUGCGGUGGUGAUCAUCGCUUAUAUGAUUGUGCGACCUUCUUGGCAAAAUCAAUCGCUGACAGGACCGCCGAGGUGCAAGAACAUUUACGUCUUCUGCACGCUGGCCCACAGUUACUACUGUCCACUGUCAGAGAGUUCGUCUGGCCCAUAGCGGGCAGAGAUCUGGCACGUGCUACUGUGAGACAAUGCAUUGUAUGCAGGCGGGCAAGUGCUAAGAUGCUUGCACCUAUGAUGGGCGCAUUACCCAGUCAACGCGUUGAUCCUGACUUCCCCUUUAUAAGUGCUGGUAUUGAUUUUUGUGGACCUUUCUUAAUAACUGAUAGGAAGGGUAGAGGGUGUAAGAUAUCGAAAUGUUAUAUGUGCGUUUUUGUCUGCCUCAGAUACAAAUGUUUGCAUUUAGAAGCCGUAAGCGAUCUCACAAAAGAGGCAUUCAUAUUAUCGUUGCGUCGUUUUAUCUCUCGCCGAGGUAAGCCGAAGGAGAUUUUCUGCGAUAAUGGCAGAAACUUCGUAUCUGCAUCCAAAGAGAUUACAGAAUUUGUGAACUCUCAUGCUGAUGGCGUCGGUGGAUUCCUUUCUAGUGAAGGGAUUGAUUUUAAAUUUCAACCGGCAUAUGCACCACACUUCGGGGGUCUAUGGGAGGCGUCAGUCAAAUCAGCUAAAUUUCAUUUGAAAAGAAUUCUCGAUAACACUCACUGCACAUUUGAAGAAUUAGCUACUUUGUUUAAUCAAAUCGAAGCCAUACUCAAUAGCAGGCCUUUAUGUCCCUUAUCUUCCUCUCCUGAUGACCUUGCUCCUCUGACUCCCGGACACUUCCUCAUUGGAAGACCUUUGACGUCGUUGCCAUCACCUAACUACAUGCAACUUAGUACCUCUAGAUUGAGCCGAUACCAACACUUGGAGCAGAUUCGUCAACAUUUUUGGAAUCGAUGGCAGCUAGAGUACUUGAACGAAUUACAGCAAAGACACAAAUGGCGCGUACCAGCAAGAUCAAUCCAGAAUGGUGACUUAGUUCUACUGAAGGACGAGAAUAUUCCACCGAUGCAAUGGCGGACGGGUCGAGUCAUCAACCUAUUUCCAGGAAAGGACAAUAUCGUGCGAGUAGCCGAAAUCAAAACUUCGACUGGCGUUUAUCGGCGUGGACUUCGAUAUCUUUGUCCUCUAUUGGAUACUGCAGAAGAUUCUUCAUUGGAAGCAAAUGCUUCCAAGGCCCCGGAGGAUGUUAAGGAUCUCUAAAUCCCCCUCCAAACAAGUUUUAUUCUCGCCCACCACCGAGCUUCACUUCAUCGAGCGAUCGCGAACGCAUGCAUAUACAUUUUAACGAUUACAUACUAUACAUUAUCUACUCCAAUAUAUAACCACAUUAUUAUUUGUUCUUCAGUUGUUUAUUUUUAAUAAACCUGUAAAUACGAGCCAAA